AUGUCGAAAGAUAUUGCUUCCAUGAGAGAAAUACAACACAACCGACAACUCAUUAUGCAAGCUCUAAAUAAGAACACAACAAACUUUUCAAACUAUUCUAAGAUAUCUGAGUCAUUGAAAGAAGGAAACUUAAAACUGACAUUAAACCCAAUGACAGAUGAGUUUCUGUUUCAAGACAAGAAGAACAAUACUGUCUGUAUAAACCCAACAAAAGGAACUUUAAACGAGAAACCUAUAAAUGAACUUCUUUUGAAAGCAGAUGUUGACAACAAAGCUGACAAAGAAUAUGUAGACGAUGCAAUAGCAAAAGAAGAAGAAAGAGCUAACAAUGCUUAUGCAACAAAAGAACAUACUCAUCCUGAACUAGCAGACAAAACAUAUGUUGACAAUAAAAUGUCAAGUGAAGUGACAAGAGCUGAAAACGAAUAUUCUAAAAAGACUCAUAUACAUUAUAUUAACCAAAUACCAAGUCUUAAGGAAACAUUAGAGACAAAAGCAGAUAAGACUCAUACACAUUCUAUAUCUGAUAUUACAAACUUACAAGAAACCUUAAACAGGAAAAGUGACGUUGGACAUACACAUACAUCUUCUGAAAUAACAGACUUAAACGUUAGCCUUGAAAAGAAAGCAGACAAGAACCAUACACAUACAAGUUUUACAACUGUUGCUAUAGAAAGUAUUGAAGGAACGGUUGAAGAAACUGGUGGGGAUGCAUUAUAUUGUAAACCUCCUAACUUUCCACAAGGUUUAACAUCGGAUGACGACAUAACGACGAUGAGAAACAUUAGAUGUAAAGAUGUUUAUGUCAUGAAGGAUGAACAUAAUAUUAAAUUCACUGCUCAAGAUUUAUAUGACAAGAAAGCAGACAAAACAGAGCUUCAAACAUUAAAGACAGAAAUACUUCAAACAUUAUAUCCUAUAGGCUCUAUUUAUACGUCAAUGAACUCAACAAAUCCAGAAACAGUUCUGGGUUUUGGAACUUGGACUCAAAUAGUCGACAGGUUUUUGUAUUGUGCAAACUCUUCAAAGGAAACAGGUGGAA